AUGGAGAACAAAUCACCCUCCUCCUCAUGCGUCAGCCCAGCGCCCACAUCCACCAUGUCAGCCGGCGAGAGCAGCUGGGCCAUGCACAUCGCAAACUUCCUGGCCUCGACGCCGCAAGACGGCAUCAGAGAGAUGGACGAUCAGCAUGCAGCGGUCUCUGGCGGCAGCAGCUUCUCCUCCGGCUUCUCUUCUUCCUUCCAUUCCUUUGGCAACGACGCCUCCUUCAUCACGUCUGAGCUCAUGUGUGACGACGACGAAGAGGAUGAGUCCCUACAGGACACGGCCUGUUCUUCUGCAGCUGGCCACCAAAAGAUGGCUACCAUGGCAAAUUUCGAUAUGAAGCAAAUGGCACCCAUGGAUGCAAAAGAGUUCAACAUGCCCUUGCUCAUGGCCAAGUACUUGGAAGCUAUGGGUUCAAAACAACAGGCGACUGGCAUGGAUCAACAAGCCAUCAAUAGUUUUAGUAACAACGAGAAGGUGCUAUAUGAGAGUACUGAGCUGAGGAAGAAAGGGCUUUGCUUGGUCCCUAUCUCUAUGUUGAUAAACUAUCUCGGAUGA